AUCCCCGCGGCUGCUGAUUUGGGAGAGCCCCCCCCUCAGGGAAUGAGCGGCGGCUCCUCGUCUGCUCCGGGGCCCCGGGUUUAAAGGCCCCCCGCCGGUCUGUAUUUGCCCCGCCGCCGGCCGAGAGGAUGCUGUCCGAGCAAGCCCAGCGGUGGUUCCCCACCCACGUGCAGGUCACGGUGCUGCAAGCCAAAGCCCUGAAGCCCAAAGGCAAGAACGGCACCAACGACACGUACACCAUCAUCCAGCUGGGCAAGGAGAAGUACUCCACCUCGGUGGCCGAGAAGACGCUGGAUCCGGUGUGGAAAGAAGAGGCCUCGUUUGAGCUGCCGGGAUUACUGGUGCAAGGCAGCCCCGAGAAGUACAUCCUCUGCCUGGUGGUCAUGCACAGGUCGCUGGUGGGGCUGGACAAGUUUUUGGGGCAGGUGGCUAUCAAUUUGAACGCGAUCUUUGAGGACAAGCAACGGAGGAAAACGGAGUGGUUUAGCCUAGAAUCCAAACAAGGCAAAAGGACUAAAGACAGAGGAGAAAUAAAAGUCAGUAUUCAGUUUAUGAGGAAUAAUAUGACAGCAAGCAUGUUUGACCUGUCGAUGAAAGAUAAAACAAAAUCCCCUUUUGCUAAACUAAAGGACAAAAUGAAGGGUCGAAAAAGCGAUGGGACGUUUUCGGACACAUCUUCUGCAAUCAUUCCAAGUACUCACACACCUGAUGCAAACAUUGAAGCAUCCAGUAGUGAAAUGCAAAUGAAAUCAAAACCAAAAAAACCUUUCCUUUUGGGACCUCAGCGACUAUCUUCAGCCCAUUCGAUGUCUGAUUUAACUGGGUCGCAUGUGUCUUCAGAAAAAUUGAAAUCCAGUGCAAUUGGUCACACUCAACUUUUCCGACGUCAGCUAGAAUCCUUUAGUUCUGUUGAUGAAACGGGAAGUAUAAAAUCUCCACAUAGGAGGACAUUGAGUGCUGAUACUUCUAAAGUGAAUCAGGAUGACAGCACAGUUGGCGAAAGAGAAUCAGCUUUUGAAGCACAAAAUGAUCCAUUUACAAAUGUGAGUGCUUCAUUACCCCAAAAGUUUGCUACUCUGCCAAGACAAAAAAAUCCAUUUGAAGAAACUCCUUCAUCAUGGGAUCAGAACAUAAAUCUGUUUUCUAAACCUGUUGAAAUCAAAAAAGAAACCAGAAAAGAGAAAAAGGAGAAAGUUAGUCUUUUUGAAAGAGUGACUGGUAAAAAAGAUAGCAAGAGGUCGGAUAAACUUAGCAAUGGGGCAUCAGAAAGUUCUACUGACUUGAAAUCACCUAGUGCAUUUGGUGAAAAUCAUCAGGAGAGUUUUAAUUAUGAUUCAACUAAUCCGUUUACAACAAACUUCAAGCCUACAAGCGUGUUGCCAUCGUCUAGUUUUAAGAUGAAUACACGAAGCAUUGAAGACCUCAGGAAAACAACACCAGCACUCCUCACCAGAAAUGCUCUCCUGAUUACAGAUGUGGUACAGUUCAAUGAAACCAAGAGAAGGCCUAGAGGACCCGAGCCUCAAAAUAAGUGGAAUAACCUUGAAGAUACCAUGUAGAACAGAUGUGAGGAUUUCCACCUGGGAAUAGUGGGAGAUCUAUUGAUUUGGCCAUUUAAAACAAGUUGGAACUAAAUAGUAGAAUCCAGUCAACAAUUUUUCAUUAGCAGUGUAUUACCUAACCGACCUUUCUUACUACUGUAGCCUAUGGCUCUUUAGUAGGACAGUUAUUUAGAUGGGUAUUUGGAGGAAAUAACCUGAUUUAGGAAAUAAAUAUGAAGGGGUUAGUAAUAAAAAUAAAAAAUUAACAGCUUCUUAUGAAAAUAAUAAAAAAAGAAAAAAAGAAAGAAGACAUUUUAUUCUAAGAUGCAAAGAAUCAUAAAAUAACAGAGAAAAGACCUAGAAGGGUCCUCAAGAGGUUAUUUAGUCCCUGCUUGAGAUAGGAUCAUCCCUGUCUAAACCACCUCAGACAUAUAUGUCUUACUUGCCCUAACCACUUCCAGUGCCAAUAAUGCCACAACCUCUCGAAGUGAUCUCUUCUACUGCUUAAUCAUGCUCAUAGUUAGUAAGUUCUCCCCAAUAUCUAACCAAAUCUCCCUUAUUCCAAUUUAAGUCCAUUACAGUUUUAUUCUGUCCCCUGCGGACUCAGAGGGAAAAAAUCCACACAUUUUGUAGUUUCUUUGUUUAAAAGAAAUGAUGGUCUUACUAGAAUUUUGUUCUAUGAGCAGAUUGUAUCUUUAAAAGUGGAUUUGUUUUCCAUCUUAAAAAAAAAUAGAAAAUAAGUUGCACAACCAAAUAGGAUUUCUACUGUUUGUAUUUUGCUGUGUUAUGUAAAUGAUUUAUAACAACUUUUGAUGUUUCAUAAUAAAUACCCAAGUUUGUAUAAUGUAAGGAACUAGAGGGAGAUGUCAGAGUAUAUGAAGGCUGCCUUUGAUCAGAUAGUAAACUGAAUUCUACCAGUCAGUUACUUAAUCUCUGACAAAAAGCAACAUCAAAAAAUUGAUUUAAUUUACCAGCUAUUGUCUGUAAAGUAACCUUAAUUACAGUUUCUAUGUGCUUGUAAAUGUACUAUCCCAAAUUGUGUAAUUUAUUGCUGGUAAUAAUUCUUUUAAGAAAUAAGAUAUGAAUUGUUUUAUUUAAAGGAUUUAAAGGUGAUAAAAGAAAUCCUUGAUAUGCUGAUUUUCUUUUGGAAUACCAACUAUCCUAAAUGUCAGUUGCAGGAUUAUAAGGUUAUGUUCAUUUAAUGCAAGAUACAAUUAAGAGAAGAAGGCACUAUCUAUGUACCCUUAGUUUUUGAAUGAAACUAUUUGAAACAUUUUAAUGCUCCAGAUUAUUUUAAAGAUGUUUGAAGUAAUUUAUAUUAGGUUCUGCAGUAAUAGCCUUCCACCAAGUUGUUAUUUUUUUCUUUCCUUAUACCUAGUGUUUAGAAAUUACACUUGUAUGUCUUCUGCUCUGGUGCCAACACCUGUCUCUGGAAAUAGUGCUUAAAUGGGAGCAGUAGCCAGUUGAAAGGGCAGCGCGAGCUCUUUACGGCCUAAUUAAGAACUGAAAGGGAGAUGAAGCAAGUAGGACAAAAGAUGUGAAAGUAGCUGAGAUGAUAUUCCCAGAGCAAAAUUCCUCAUUAGAACAAUAAAGAUAUGAUCAGAGAAUGCCAGGCCUUCCUCUUAUCUCUCUCACUCUCCUCCAGUUACUGUGGAUGUCAGUUUGUACCCCAAUAACAUAUAGUUACCAAGACAACCCUCCCUCCAGGAUGUUGCUGUUUAGUACAUUUUACUAAAAUAAGAUAAAUAUUUUACAGUAAAAUUUUAGUAGCAAGUUUUUGUCGAGUGGAUACUAUAGAGCAAUGUGUUACUUUUGUUCAAAUUAACAACAUUAACAUCAAACGUGAGUUACCCCGUAGUGCUGUCAGUGUUCACUUUUAAAUUUAUGAAAAACAUACUGGUAGGCAGUUUAAAUUUGUAUUUUUCUGUAAGCAGUAUUUCCCUUUGCAUUUAUGUAACAAGUUAUUACAAGAAAAGUUUCAUGUGGAGCAUGAACAUAAGAAAACAACUUUAAAACAUAUGUAUUACACAACUAUUUGGGGGAAAAGAUAUAAUAAUUAAAAACAGUGUUGU